GCAUCUCCGAGGAAGACUGGUGAGGCUCCCUGGAGAGCAGCUGGCCCAGCCUCCUUGGAGACUCCCCAGCACCUGACGGAGCCCCUCGGUCCCUGCAGGGAGCUCCCUGCUUCCUGAGGGGGCCCGUUGCAGGCGGGACAGACCCAUCUGAAAGAAAACGUGUUCUUUUCUGACCCAGUGGAUUAGCUGAGAUGUGCGCGGUGAGGGGGAGCGAGGGGCCCCGAGAGCACCGAGGGUCUCGUCCCCGUUAACUGGGUGCAGUCGGUGGCAUUUCCUCAGUUAGGAGGGGCCGAGGGAGGGCCGUGCGUGAGCGACUGGGAGCCCCGUUGGGGGCUCCUGGAGGCUGAGUGGCCUGUUGGACGUUGAGGUGGAAACGCCAGGGGGACUCCCGCGCGUGCCCUCGGCCCCAGGAGACGCCGCAGGCAUGGCCGACAGCGCCAACCACCUGCCCUUUUUCUUCGGCAACAUCACCCGGGAGGAGGCGGAGGACUGCCUGGUCCAGGGCGGCACGAGUGACGGGCUCUACCUGCUGCGCCAGAGCCUCACCUACCUGGGCGGCUUCGCGCUGUCGGCGGCGCACGACCGCAAGGCGCAUCGCCACACCAUCGAGCGCGAGCUCAACGGCUCGUACGCCAUCUCGGGCGGCAGGGCCCACAGCAGCCCGGCCGAGCUCUGCGCCUGCCACUCCCAGGAGCUGGACGGCCUCGUCUGCGUCCUCACCAAGCCCGUGCACCGGCCGCCGGGCGUGCAGCCCAGGAGCGGCCCCUUCGAGGACCUGAAGGAGAACCUCAUCCGCGACUACAUGAAGCAGACGUGGAACCUGCAGGGUCAGGCUCUGGAGCAGGCCAUCAUCAGCCAGAAACCCCAGCUGGAGAAGCUGAUCGCCACCACGGCCCACGAAAAAAUGCCCUGGUUCCAUGGAAAAAUCUCUCGGGAUGAAUCUGAGCAGAUCGUGCUGAUAGGAUCAAAGACAAAUGGAAAGUUUUUGAUCAGGGCCAGGGACAACGGCUCUUACGCCCUGUGCCUGCUGCACGAGGGGAAGGUGCUGCACUACCGCAUCGAUAAGGACAAAACCGGGAAGCUCUCCAUCCCUGGCGGGAAGAAUUUUGACACGCUCUGGCAGCUAGUGGAGCAUUAUUCUUAUAAGUCCGAUGGUUUGUUGAGAGUUCUUACAGUUCCACGUCAGAAAAUUGGGCAAACGGGCAACGUAAAUUUCCGUCCACAGCUGCCAGGCUCCCAUCCUGCUACUUGGUCAGCGGGCGGAAUAAUCUCAAGAAUCAAAUCGUACUCCUUCCCAAAGCCUGGCCACAGAAAGACCUCCUCAUCCCAAGAGAACCGGCCAGAGAGUUCGGUGUCGUUCAACCCGUAUGAGCCAGACCGAGGGCCGGCCAACGACAGAGAAGCCCAGCGCGAGGCCUUGCCCAUGGACACCGAGGUCUACGAGAGCCCGUAUGCGGACCCCGAGGAGAUCAGGCCCAAGGAGGUCUACCUGGACCGGAAGCUGCUGACCCUGGAGGACAAGGAGCUGGGCUCCGGCAACUUCGGGACCAUGAAGAAGGGCUACUACCAGAUGAAGAAAGUCGUGAAAACAGUGGCUGUGAAAAUCUUGAAAAACGAGGCCAAUGACCCCGCCCUUAAAGAUGAAUUAUUAGCAGAAGCCAACGUCAUGCAGCAGCUCGACAACCCGUACAUCGUGUGCUUGAUCGGGAUGUGCGAGGCCGAGUCCUGGAUGCUGGUCAUGGAGAUGGCGGAGCUCGGUCCACUCAACAAAUAUUUACAGCAGAACAGGCACGUCAGGGACAAGAACAUCAUAGAGCUGGUGCAUCAGCAUCAGGUGUCCAUGGGGAUGAAGUAUUUGGAGGAGUGCAAUUUUGUGCACAGAGAUCUGGCUGCAAGGAAUGUAUUGCUGGUUACUCAACAUUACGCCAAGAUCAGUGACUUUGGACUUUCCAAAGCACUUCGUGCUGAUGAAAGCUACUACAAGGCGCAGACGCACGGCAAGUGGCCCGUGAAGUGGUACGCCCCCGAGUGCAUCAACGACUACAAGUUCUCCAGCAAGAGCGACGUGUGGAGCUUCGGCGUGCUGAUGUGGGGAGCCUUCUCCUACGGGCAGAAGCCGUAUCGGGGAAUGAAAGGCAGCAAAGUUUCUGCCAUGCUGGAGAAAGGAGAGAGGAUGGGGUGCCCGCCAGGGUGUCCAAGAGAGAUGUACGAGCUGAUGACCCUGUGCUGGACCUACGACGUGGAGAGCCGGCCAGCCUUCGUGGCGGUGGAACUGCGCCUGCGCAAUUACUAACUGAUGACGGCGGGCCCACCCGCCGGUGGCUGCCCUGGAGCAGAUGCGCCGCCGCGGGAAGACUGUGCCAAGCGCCUUGAUUUUGAGUCUCCAUCCCCCUCCGCCCGUCGGGAGAGCCGUGCUGACUGUUGUUCCCCAAAGCCUGUGCCGGACGGAACCCGCCCUCCGCCAGACAAACCCGUCCCGGAAGAGCCGUGGGGGGAUGGACAGACCCCAGGAUCAGAGGGCCCGUGGGUUCGUGUUUCUUGACUGCGGGUUUUCAUGGCAGGUUAAUUUGCAGGGUGUGUUUCCAAACUCCUUUCCGUCUGCAGCCCCCUGGCUCCUGGGCUGCGUUUGAAUCGCGCAGCAUCACCACCACCCGGGGUGCUGAAUGUCCCCCCACCCCCAGCUCUGCGUUCUAAGCGGCCGCGGCCGGGGGCAGCCGCUGGCCGGUGACACCUGCCCUGGGGGAGGAAGGAAGCGGAGAAGGGGUGUGGCGGCCACCGGAACGAGGCUCCCUCAGGUCCCAAGACCGAGUCCUGCCACCGGAAAGCUUUCCCCAUAGAAGUGCUUUGAGGCUUUAAAAAAAAAAAAAAAAUCAAGCUGAAUCUUUACAGAGUCCAAGCCGGUAGCCAGUUAAGGGGAAAAAAACUCGGUACGGCUUCUGCUCUGUGAGUUCUGAGGCGGAGGGCUCCGGUCUGCGUGAGGUUGGGGGCCUGCUGCGAUGAACUGGCUUGCUUGUCGCCCCAGAGCCCCUCUCCUGCGGGCUCCUGAGGACGGUGCUUGGCUGGAGAUGCAUUAAUAAAGUUCUUUGUGGAGACGCAGUCGGGGAGAGGCUGUGGCCAUGUCAGACCUGACGCAGGGCAGACCCCGGGUGCUGCGGGCUGUCCCCGCCUGCCGUGGUCCACGUUCCCUCUCCCCUGGGGACGGCGGCCGGGCCGGAAUUCCCUUCCUUUUCCUGUAUUCGUAGUGGGGGCAACCUGGUAGCCAGGGCCGUCUGCAGAUGGGUUUCUAAGUGUGAAUUCAUCAUAAAGCCGCAGAUCGUGACCUUGCCUCACGCAGGCCUCGCUGAGUGUGACUUUGGGCUGAGGAUGUGAGACCCACGGAAGGAUAGGGGACCCAGGAAAUCUUCUGCAGCCCCCUCGGCCCUUGCUCCUGGCUAAUGUUUGACCUUCUACAAGUCAUCAGCCCAUUGGUACCAGUUUUGCUGUGGCCUUUGAGGUCGGAGCUAAUGAGCCCGCAUUCUUAGGUCAGCUGAGACACAGACUCAGACCGUCUCGUCUUCAGCGGCGCCCAGGACGUCGUAGCGUCCUGCCCCCGGCUGGGAGAGGAGCCGCACUCCUAACAGGGGGCCAGGCAGCACUCAGCACCCAGCUCCGCCGGACGGGAGCCCACUCUCAGAGCUUGCGUUAAGGAACGUUUAGGAACCGCCCGUGCUUUGUAGAAUGGUGCCACCUCGUGUUAAAGAGAGGGUCCCCGUGUGCUCAGCAGAUGCUCAAACCAGUGGCCACGCACGCUUGGUGUCCCUGGAAUUAAAAAGAUGAGCAACGUAACGUCUGUGGUCAGGCUGGGCGUAGCUUUAGAGUCCUCAGAGGAAGGCCUGGAGAACGUGGCCUGAGAGGGAAGCCGUCCCUGCAUGCCGCUGAGCUCCCGCUGUCCCCCCAGAGCGUGUCUGUCACAAAGGCCACCCGCUCACGGCAACGAGGGGGCACGUGCAGAGCGCUUUCCUUCUUUCUGGUGGGAUUUCCCGCACCGUCCAGCAGCCCCUGCCCCGCCCUAGAAUGUGAGAGGACAGGAGAAGCCCAGCCCGGGAGGCGGCCAGCGCCCCCUCCUCGCUGUCCUCCACCUCCUCCACGCUGUCCUCCGCCUCCUCCCCACUCCCGGCAGAGGGAGUGCCUGCGGCCGUGUGCAUAUCCUGCCUAGUAAAAACAAAAUGUCCCCUGUGUUAGGAGUAAGUCUCCUUUCCCCUGGGGUCACAGCGGAGGGCACACGAGAAAAGGUGACUUCACGGAAGACGUAAAUGAGCAAAAUUCGGAGGGUUAGGGCUUCUUGCCGGGCAUCAGGCUGGGCUCCCCCGCACGCCGCGCUCUUCCUGGCUCUCACCCUGUCUUCACCCUGUCUUUGCCUGGGUCUGGGUUCCCUCCACGUGCCUCCAACCUUCCCAUCCUUGUUUAGCGACAACUAAAGGACGCCACCAUCCCAUCACACUGCCCUGGCAACACCAGUUGUCUGCUGAUGCCACAGUCACUUGUCCCCUCAGUGGGACCAAAGGUUUCCAUGAGAGAAACAUAAUCCACUCCAUAGUUAAAAUAAUUACAAUAAUGAUGAUGAUGAUGAUGA